AUGUGCCUCAACAUUAAGUACUUCUGCGCCUCCUGCCGCCAGCCGAUCUCAAACCAAUCCGCCGACACCGGCGAAGCAUGCCAGUUCUCCCUGACCCAAGACAUCAGGUCCGCCAACUACGAAGCCAACCACGCGGGCCUCAUCUUCCGCGAAUCCCUCCCCCUCCCCCACGACCGAGCCCUGGCCAUCGGCCACACUUGCCCGACGCCCGGCUGCGCCUACAACCCGACCACGCGCUUCACGACCGGCAAUGACCCCGAGUACGGGCCCAUCGCCCGCUGCCCCGGCUGCGACAACAUCAUCUCCGUCACCACGCACAACCUCUCCAACGCCAUUAUGGGCGGCCUGCAGCGCUUCAUCGCGCACCGCGCCGACGCCCGCGUGCCCGUCCUCGCCCCAUCGCUGUGGGCGGGCUACCACUGCGGCAGCGGCACCAACGGCUGCCUCUGGACCGCGGAACAAGGUUUGAUCCAGGACAACCGUCUGAAUGCGAUCCGGCAGUUCAUCAACAACAACCCCCAGGGCGCCGCAGCACCCGACCAGGUGCUCGGUCCUACACUCCGUUGCGUUGACAGCGUCCGCCCCCCCUUUUUGCCGAAAUUACGCACGCAUAAUCCCUGUAUAUACAUGAAAAUUUGCCCAACGCCACGUAGAUAUUCGUAG